AUGGCGCCGCCAAACGGCUCCUCCAAGCCUCGCAAGGCUGGGGCCUCCAAGCAGCCGGCCAAGCCUGUCGUGCCUGCCCUGCCGCUGCCCUACGUCAAGCGUCAGGCAGCCGCAGCUGCAGCGGCAGCUUCCAAGGCGGCUUCCCCGCGACCGACUCCGGCCGACCCAGAGGACCCAAGACGGGAUGCCCUCGGAGCGGCCCAGGCGAACCCUUCCGCGCAAUCUUCGACCUCGGGCACACAGCAUCGCGAGGCUGAGUCACCGCCGAGCAUGGUGAAGACGCCUGAGGCCAACGGCGCCGUGAACCGCGCCGCAGAGACAAACGGUCAUGGGCAAACGGGACACACGGUUGCUUCUUCCGUAGCAGUUCCCGGUCCAGUUAGUCAAAUAACUUCCGAGUCUGCUCGCGACUCCGCCGAGGCGCAGGCGGCUGACGGUCCGAUCCCGCUGCCCAACCCUGAUCGCCGUUCCGAGACAGCUGUCACCUCAGAGAAUAUAUCUACGAACAGCGGGCGUACGGAAAAGCCAAGCGACCAGUAUGAGGCCCAGGUGACCAAGUCUCGACCUCCACCAACCGUUUCGCCGACCCGAUACCAAAUGCCUCCACCAUUCCAGCCUGCUGGCCGUCCGGUAGGCGCCAUGAUGAACGGAGAUGCGCCUCGAGGGCCUCGCCCACAUCCGCCGAGCGGACCGCACCAUGUGCAUCAGCCGCACCCCAGCAACGGGAGUAUCCAUUUCGGAGCCUUCCAUGGUUCUCAGAAUUCUUCUCCGGCGCCGCCUCACUCCGCUGGAGUAGCACCACCUCCUGGUAUGACGGGCCCCGAUGGCCGCCCUGGAUACUUGGGACUGGCGAGCAACGGCUUCCCGCCAAUGAUGCCGUACGCCGCAGACAUGAUUCAGCCAAACAGUUUUGACAGCUACGGCCGCCCAACCAUGGGCUACGGGCAUGUUGAUCAGUAUCAUCCAUACGGAGCCGGAUUUGCCCCAUCUACCCCUCAUAGUUUCCAUGAUUCUCAGUCGUCGGCACACCCUGACGAAAGCGGCAUCUAUGGUAGCCAAUUCCCACCUGGGAACCUCCGCAAUGGUGUUGUCAUGCCCGGUGAGGAUAUGCACUCGCAGAAUCCGCAGACGCGACUGUUUGGACCUCCGGACUACCGAAUGAUGCCCAACGCUGGUCAUCCGCCUAUGAUGCCCCAUGGCGAUCAUGCCGAUGGUCUGGUCGGAUACUUGCAACAGCAAUUUGCUUCUCCAGAGCUUGCUGACUGCACGCUCGAGCUUAGAUACGCGGAUGACAGAGCAAGGCCAGUUCGUGUUCCUGGCCAUCGUGUGGUAUUUGCGCGGAGCCGACAGCUUGCUGCCUUGCUUCCCGGACAAGCCUUCCAGCCAGAUGCCCCCGAGCGCGCAUUGCAGACUUUGCUCCUGGAAAGUGGCAACAAGUGGAUUCGCUCCGAUGCUUUCUACAUGGCAGUUCAAAGGCUUUAUGGUCUUCCGCUGCUCCCAAUGCCACCGCCUCGUGGCCCCGACUCAGCGGAACUGACCGAGGCCGGGUCCGCUUCCGAACAGUUCGAUUUUGCCCUCUCAUACGCCGCUGCUGGCCGUCUUCUAGACUGGGUGCCUGUUAUCAGGCGAGGAUGCGAGGUUGCAACUCAAUUGCUGAACUGGCAAACCAUGGAGAAGGGGCUCGAAUUCGCGCUCGAUGGUUACACCGACAACGGCACACGCGAGUCUUACAGUUAUGGCGAUGGAUCUCGCACCUUGCUGAACGCCGUGGUCACGUAUAUUGUUCACAACCUGCCCCCCAGCUUCAAUCUCGACACCGCAGCAGACACGCCAGAGAGCUACGCGUUACUCCCGGCACACCCGCCUUCCUUGCCACCGGCGACAGCGGGCCAGGCGGACCAAACUUCGACGCCUCCUAUCGCAAGAGGCUCCUCUGUGCAGCUUGGCAAAGGACGACGGUCGCAACAGAUUACGAAUAUCCAGUUCGGUGACCUCGCGCUAUCGGAAGGCCAAACUGGGCCGGAGUCUGAGACGCCGAAGGCAACACGCCAGGCUCAGCCUGUAUCGCACGCUGUCCUGUCCCGUGUUCUGCUCAACCUGCCAUUUUCGCAGCUCAAGAUGAUCCUUGAAUCGUCUGGAUCCGGCAAUGUCAACGGCUGGGCUAACAGCGAGACUCGGUACCGCGUUAUCAAGCGUGCGGUUGAAGAGCGCGAAGUGCGUCGCCUUCAUGCCGUUGCUGCGGUCCUCAAUGGCCAUGUCGCAGACUCAAACGCCAUCCUCGCAGGUCUUCGCAGCCCCAGCCCGCAAGACCUUGGCAGAUGGACCACAUUAGGAUGGCAGGAGGAGCUGUUGCCAUAUGGAAACCCUGACGGCCCUUCGCUGGGGCGCAAAUGGGUUCCUCUGAUGGAUGCGCAUGGUUUAGCAGCUGCCGAGUAUCCAUGA